UUGAGCUCGAGGAGUGGCUUCGACUUGUGCUUCCCGAGACACCAGAGUCAUCUUCCUCCCAGAUGGACGACUGGAGCCAUGUUUGUGGUGUAUUCGCGGACUUCACUUUGAGGAUGGAGUCAUCAUGUCUGGACCUCGCUCUGGAAGGUGAGCGGCUCUGUAAGACCGGGGACUACCGAGCGGGUGUGUCCUUCUUUGAGUCUGCCAUCCAGGUUGGAACAGAGGACCUCCAGAUCCUCAGUGCCAUCUACAGCCAGCUGGGAAAUGCCUACUUUCACCUUCAAGAGUAUAAUAAAGCUCUGGAAUACCAUCGGCAUGACCUCACACUCACCAGAACAAUUGGAGAUGAAGUUGGAGAGGCCAAAGCCAGCGGUAACCUUGGAAACACAUUAAAGCUUUUAGGACGGUAUGACGAAGCAGUGGUUUGCUGCCAAAGACAUUUGGAAAUCACGAGAGCCAUAUAUGAUAAGGUCGGGCAGGCUCGAGCGCUGUAUAAUUUCGGAAACGUUUACCACGCCAAGGGCAAGAGCAUCUGCUGGAGUGGAGCAGAGCCAGGAGAGUUUUCAGAGGAGGCAAGGAUAGCCCUGAGGAAAGCUGCGCAGUACUACGAAGCAAACCUGCACCUGGUGACGGAGCUGGGCGAUCGAGCGGCCCAGGGUCGUACCUACGGGAACCUUGGAAACACUUACUAUCUGCUAGGAGACUUUGAAAACGCAGUAGCUGCACAUGAAAAGCGCCUUCUCGUUGCUAAGGAGUUUGGGGAUAGGUCUGCUGAGAGGAGGGCCCACUGCAACCUUGGCAAUGCACACAUAUUCCUCAAACAGUUUGACGUGGCGGCCGGUCAUUACAAGAGGACUCUGCAGCUGGCCAGGCUUUUGAAGGACAGAGCUGUGGAGGCUCAGGCCUGUUAUAGUCUGGGAAACACCUACACGCUACUGCAGGACUAUGAGAGAGCUAUUGAUUACCACCUCAAACAUCUGGUCAUUGCUCAGGAUCUUAGCGACCGCGUCGGUGAAGGAAGAGCUUACUGGAGUCUAGGAAAUGCCCACACAGCCCUGGGGAAUCAUGAGCAAGCCAUGCAGUUUGCUGAGAAACAUCUAGAAAUUGCCAAAGAGACCGGAGAUAAAAGUAGCGAGGCCACUGCCAGGAUGAACUUGUCAGACCUACGGUUGGCUGUAGGCCUCAAGUCCAACCCAAACUUUCAUCCCUACCUCUUCGGCAACACCAAUGCAAAUAGCUCUGCUCUGACAGAAGGCUACCAGGGUUUCCCCAGCAUACCAGGGACCAAGUAUGCAUCCUUGAACAGAAGUAAAGAAGAGAACUUGGAUUUCAGUCAAAAUUCCCCCAAAAGUCAAAGGGGAGAUUUGCCGGCACACCCAGGCUGGGGGGAAGAUGCGUUCUCUGGGUCUUCAAAAAACAACUCAGUCAAGGCUUCCAGUAAGCUUUUCCCCUUCCCCUGGACAAAAAGCAAAAGGCAGAAGGAUGACAAAUCCUCUCCGGAAGACCAGCGCAAAACCUGCACCAAGGACACGGAGCCUGAGCUGGAAGCACCAGUGCCUCAGAAGCCAGAAACUCGGGACACUAUCGGCGAGGACAGCUUUUUCGACGUCCUCUCUCGUUUCCAGGGCAACAGAAUGGACGAGCAAAGGUGUACACUGGAUGGCAACAGCCAUCUCCCUGCCCAUCCCUCUCCCUUCUCCGUCCCACCUGUAGCUGAAAAGAAAUCUGUUUCAGAGCGCGAACGACUAUACCAGGAUCCUGGUCAUUUCCUGGAGCUGCUGGCCAGCUCCCAAGCCCGCCGUCUGGACGACCAACGAGUCAGCAUGACCCCUUUUCCUGGCUUACGUGUCAGCACCUCCAACCCGCCUUGUACACCCUCCACCUCCAACACAGAUCAAGUCCAGUCACAAGUCCCAGUCCCCAUUGCAAAUACUACUCGCACACCCUCCCUGUACGGUCGUCUCGAGGCCAGUUCUGAGCAGCCCGAGGGGGAUGAUGUCUUCUUCGACAUGUUAGUCAAAUGCCAGGGUUCCAGACUGAAUGACCAGAGGUGUGCUGCUCCACCACCUACAACUAAAGCAUCGACUGUUCCUGAUGAGGAUUUUUUCAGUCUCAUCCUGCGUUCCCAAUCCAACAGGAUGGAGGAGCAACGGGUUCCACCUCCCUCUGGAAUAAACCAGUCCAAACUAGGCUGACGCUGACCAGCGGGGUUUUUUUUUCAUACUAAAUGAAGUAACAAGCUCUGGCAUUUUGCUUUUGGGUUUGUUUGGUUUUUUUUUUUUUACAUUUAAGGAGGGUUUGUAACCUGUAGGAAUUCCUGCCUUUUUGGACUGUCCUGACUGAUUUCCUGUGCGAUCAGGAAGAAUACAAAGCAAUCCUGCGAGGAAAUCAAGCUCUCAAAACUGGCAUCGUGACUUAAAAAUCAUGUGAAAUUUAUGAUUACAAGACUUGGGAAUUUAUUUUAUUGAAAGGUCACAACUUUUUUUUUUUUAAAUAUUGGUGAUGUCACUGGUUGGCUGCUUUUAUAAGAGACCUCUCUACCAGUGAUGUCUGUUUACUCUGGAAGUUUGCAUAAAGUCACUCCAACAAACAGAUGGUUGUAGUGGUCACUGGUGGCUGGAUUAUGUAUCCCAAAAUCAUAAGCCAAAAAGAAAAUAAUGGAUUUUGGCUUCAGGUGCAAGGCUUCAAGUUGGACGGCAUAUUCGAUGAAAGGAAGAUGCAUUUAAGCAGCGUGGAGUUUGUGUGUGUGGUCUGUUUACAACUUCAUUAAAUGCAAGAAUGGAACAUCUUUGUUUGAAUUGAUCUCUGACCUCUCCAGCAGUAAUUUAUCAAAGGAGCUCAACUCUUCUCUUGGGAAAUAAUCCACUGCUACAGCACUCACUGUGGAGCCAUAUACAAUAUCUGCUUGCGGAUAUUGCUUUUAAAGACACAAAAGACUUGAUUAUUUUACUGUGCUGACAGAUGUAUGGGUUGUCUUAUUACCAUGAAAUGAAAUGGGAUUUUUUUUUUUUUUUUAAAUUGUAACAAGAUUUUACAGAGGAUUAACUAAUGUGAAGAGUAAAACGCUACAAUAUUAGCUUUUAUACCAAUACCUUCUCCUGAUGAUGGGGAAAUAAAAU